AUGACUACUCCAGCGGCAUCUGACCUAGCCCAGUUAUGGCAGGCAGCGGUGCAAGACUACGAGAAGACGACGGGGAAAAGUCUUCGACUAGGGCAAUUUAGGAGCAUGGAAGAGGUGAUUGGGGGCACCGAAGACCUUUCAAACAAAUUCAAAGGCUUUCGUGAUGACAAAAGCAAAGUCGCUAAAGUGCGGACUGCAUUCAAAAACAAUAUGUGGUUGAUCCAAACCAUUGUCAACACCAUACAGACUGUUGGAAAUACGGCCUCGGCCUUUCCGCCGGCCAUGCCAGCAAGCUUGAUAUUUUCAGCCUUCGGGCAGGUCAUGCAGUCAUUCGCUGAUGUCUCUGCCGAUUACGACAAAAUCAUGGGAUUUUUCGAAUUCACCCAUCGAUUCCUCGACAGGAUGUCUAUCAUUGACCAGAAAAUGCCAAAUCUGCCUCAGUUUCAACGGUGCGUUUCGCGUGUGUUCUCAAGCAUUCUGAAGAUUUGCGCAAUUGCACAAAAGUAUAGUUCAGAGAAACGAAUGAAGAAAUGGUUUGAUAGCUUGAUGAACGGCACUGACAGGGAACUGGCCGGAGCUACCACGAAUCUGGAGGAGGCCGUUAACGAGCUGAGCCAGGCUGUCGGUCUGGCCACUCUGAGGACUGUCCAGAUCCUUAACGAGGUCAUCCAAAGCAUGAACGGCAGUGUCGAGUUUCUGGUCUCGAACGCGAAUCUCAUAGACGAGCGGACAAGAUCUAUUGAAUCCAACACAAACACCAUUAUUGAACAGAACCAGGACCUUGCAACCAAGCAGGACCAUAUAAAAGAAAUGCAACAAGCGACGUUGGAAAAAAUGGCCGAACAAUCUAAGGUGCUCAGCAGCGUCGUUGCAUCUUUCGGAUCUAUCCAAAUGGGCCAGAACUUUGGCAAAAGCUUUCAGAACAGCCUAUUGAAGCUGGGUGUGGUCAGGCUCCGACUGACCCGUUGGAGUCAGUCGGUGGGAUUGGGAAAUCUGGACAAUGUAAAAUCCCUCGAAAAUGUCAAGAUUUCCGAGGAAGACAUUCCAAUGGUCAAAGAGCUUUUAGACAGGAUUAUAGAGAGCUUCGAUGACGCCGAGAGGACUUCAAACCGGAUUAAGAAGCGCAAUCCUUCCGUCGGUGUGAUGGAUCCUACGAAGGAAUUAGACGAAGAUGCCGCAUCACUUCAUCAAAAAAUGGAUACGCUUGUCAAAGCAAGACAAGGCGAGGUGGAAGUCGAGGAGCAGACCGAACUGACCAUAUACGAAGAAAAGAACUUCACGCGGCUUAUCGAGGAUAUCAGUGACUCGGUCAAUGACUUGGUCAAUCUCUUUCCCGCGGUCCAAGAAGCCCAGCAGAAGCUUUGCGAUGAAGAAGUUUCGGAGAUGAACAAGAACGAAACUUCCCUCUCGCUACUGAAAGAUGCAGCUGGUGAUCAAGACAAUAUGCUCAGUCAGACUGUUACAAAGGUUAUCCAAUCAACCACAAGCUACAAUAACAGUGUUGUAUUCCAAGGAACCAACUCAGGCUUUCAAAUUGGGAACAAUAAAGGCAAAAUUAGCAAUGUACGCUUUCACUAA